AUGCCUUACCAAGAGCUCAGUCGCCAGUUGCCUUCACUGUUGGCAGAAUCCGAAGUGAGGAACGACACUCAAGGUGACAACCCAUUAUUAUUCUACCCAGGGACACGACUCCAGCUCCUGAACGGCUCUGUACCCUUCAUCCCCUGCCAGGUGCGUCAGUACGAGGCCAGGGAGGUGGGGGCGUGCAGCGCGGCGAGGAAGGCCGCAGGCACCAGCACCUGGGUCGCGCUCAUUGGGGACUCCUCCCAGAGGCAGAAGAUGCACUCCUUCCUCAGUUUCCUUCCUCAAGAGUUGACAUACACCUACUUUAUCGGUGAGAGAGAGGUAACAACAGAGAACUUUUUACUGGCAGUCUCUCACAAUGAACACAGACCUUCAACUUACGACAUUUUCGGCCGUCGGCCGUCCAAGACAGCUCCCCCAACACCCACAUCAACCGUCAGCCAAGAACCAAAUACAAUGACUACAACGUCCAGGACGUCGUCCUCACCAACCACUCCGUCGUCCCGCCCACAGACAACAAGUGAGGCUCGCCACCCUGCUCGCAGUGGCCGCAAGCUUCACCAACGUGGCAGUAGCCAACCCAAACAUGACAACUUUAACGCACAAAACACACAUAACACUUCACCAGAGCUGGACAAACACGGAAUAAACACCACCCACGAAGAAAGUUUUAUAAAAAUCUCAAAAAACAUGAAAUUAAAAUAUUACGUUACCAACUAUACAGCAAACGUCGAGUAUUCUGUGAAAACGUUACUGGAAGCGGACAUCCAUCUCCCCUCAUAUGAGCUGCGCCUUACGCUGGUGUGGGCCCCUAGUGUCUCUAAGAGAGAUAAUCCCCUUAAACCAAACAGCGAACCGGUAACCAAGUUGAAGGACCUAGCCACAGCUAAGGUGGUGCCUGAUGUCAUAGUUUUAGGUAAGACUCUGCAGUGUACCAACGCUGUUGCUAGGGACACGGAGUGCGCUGUUGCUAGGGACACGGAGUGCACUGUUGCUAGGGACACGGAGUGCACUGUUGCCAGGGACACGGAGUGCACUGUUGUCAGGGACACGGAGUGCACUGUUGCCAGGGACACGGAGUGCGCUGUUGCCAGGGACACGGAGUGCACUGUUGUCAGGGACACGGAGUGCACUGUUGCCAGGGACACGGAUGCACUGUUGCCAGGGACACGGAGUGCGCUGUUGGACACGGAGUGCACUGUUGUCAGGGACACGGAGUGCACUGUUGCCAGGGACACGGAGUGCACUGUUGCCAGGGACUCGGAGUGCACUGUUGUCAGGGACACGGAGUGCACUGUUGCCAGGGACACGGAGUGCACUGUUGCUAGGGACACGGAGUGCACUGUUGUCAGGGACACGGAGUGCACUGUUGUCAGGGACACGGAGUGCGCUGUUGUCAGGGACACGGAGUGCACUGUUGUCAGGGACACGGAGUGCACUGUUGCUAGGGACACGGAGUGCACUGGUGCCAGGGACACGGAGUGCACUGGUGCCAGGGACACGGAGUGCACUGUGGCGGUGUGUGCUCCACAUGUGGACAUCCCUUCCUUGCCAUCCAUGGCUGAUGUUUGGAAUAACUUAAUUUCUUCAUGUGGUGCACAAAACCCUAGAGCAGAGACAACUUUGCUUAACAAUGCCCCAAGACCAGUUUGUGUCGGCAAGUGGUUCUUGUUGAUGCGAGAAGUUUUAGAUGAGUUGGUACCGUUCACAUACAUGGACAAGAUGGUUGACCCCGUGCUGGACUACCUCGCUAUGCUGGCUGCCAGGUCUACUCUCCUCGUCUGGUCGCAGAGUCGCUAUAUAGCUGCCUCUUGCGACACUUGUCAGUGGGUGAUGAUGAGAUACGUUCCUCUUCUCAUCACUUGUCUGUGGGUGAUAGUGAGCCAGCACUGGGAGCACACACACGUGUUACAUAGAGACCAUCUUCAUUACAGGGUGACCGGGGCGUUACAGUGGGACUCGAGUCUGCCCUUCAACCUGGCCAACUUGCGGGAGUGUAAACAGCUCCGGGACGCUGGUCUAAGCAAGUACCCCAUCUACCAUGAUGGUUGGUGGAAGUGUAACGACAUUCAUCACUCAGCUUACGAAACAAACAACGACGAAAUUCAAAUGUUGCUUAACAUGUUGUGCAACCCAUACCUGGACACUCCUCCACAGUACUGCUGUACGGGUGUUGCUUGACACCUUCUACACCCCAUACCUGGACACUCCUCCACAGUACUGCUGUACGGGUGUUGCUUGACACCUUCUACACCCCAUACCUGGACACUCCUCCACAGUACUGCUGUACGGGUGUUGCUUGACACCUUCUACACCCCAUACCUGGACACUCCUCCACAGUACUGCUGUACGGGUGUUGCUUGACACCUUCUACACCCCAUACCUGGACACUCCUCCACAGUACUGCUGUACGGGUGUUGCUUGACACCUUCUACACCCCAUACUUGGACACUCCUCCACAGUACUGCUGUACGGGUGUUGCUUGACACCUUCUACACCCCAUACCUGGACACUCCUCCACAGUACUGCUGUACGGGUGUUGCUUGACACCUUCUACACCCCAUACCUGGACACUCCUCCACAGUACUGCUGUACGGGUGUUGCUUGACACCUUCUACACCCCAUACCUGGACACUCCUCCACAGUACUGCUGUACGGGUGUUGCUUGACACCUUCUACACCCCAUACCUGGACACUCCUCCACAGUACUGCUGUACGGGUGUUGCUUGACACCUUCUACACCCCAUACCUGGACACUCCUCCACAGUACUGCUGUACGGGUGUUGCUUGACACCUUCUACACCCCAUACCUGGACACUCCUCCACAGUACUGCUGUACGGGUGUUGCUUGACACCUUCUACACCCCAUACCUGGACACUCCUCCACAGUACUGCUGUACGGGUGUUGCUUGACACCUUCUACACCCCAUACCUGGACACUCCUCCACAGUACUGCUGUACGGGUGUUGCUUGACACCUUCUACACCCCAUACCUGGACACUCCUCCACAGUACUGCUGUACGGGUGUUGCUUGACACCUUCUACACCCCAUACUUGGACACUCCUCCACAGUACUGCUGUACGGGUGUUGCUUGACACCUUCUACACCCCAUACCUGGACACUCCUCCACAGUACUGCUGUACGGGUGUUGCUUGACACCUUCUACACCCCAUACCUGGACACUCCUCCACAGUACUGCUGUACGGGUGUUGCUUGACACCUUCUACACCCCAUACCUGGACACUCCUCCACAGUACUGCUGUACGGGUGUUGCUUGACACCUUCUACACCCCAUACCUGGACACUCCUCCACAGUACUGCUGUACGGGUGUUGCUUGACACCUUCUACACCCCAUACCUGGACACUCCUCCACAGUACUGCUGUACGGGUGUUGCUUGACACCUUCUACACCCCAUACUUGGACACUCCUCCACAGUACUGCUGUACGGGUGUUGCUUGACACCUUCUACACCCCAUACCUGGACACUCCUCCACAGUACUGCUGUACGGGUGUUGCUUGACACCUUCUACACCCCAUACCUGGACACUCCUCCACAGUACUGCUGUACGGGUGUUGCUUGACACCUUCUACACCCCAUACCUGGACACUCCUCCACAGUACUGCUGUACGGGUGUUGCUUGACACCUUCUACACCCCAUACCUGGACACUCCUCCACAGUACUGCUGUACGGGUGUUGCUUGACACCUUCUACACCCCAUACCUGGACACUCCUCCACAGUAC